UCUCACUUUCUCACUCUCUCUUUCCCCCUUCACACCCGAUUUCAAAAUCCUCUCUCUCUCUCUCUCUCUCGAACUCACUCGCUCAGUGAUUUUCUCUCUCUCUCUCUCUCUCUCUUAAUAGUGAAUCAGAUGCCGUUUAUUUCGGAAACUGCUAGCGCGAUUAAGCGCCGAUUCGGAUUCAACGACAGGGCCGGCACGUCGGAGUCGGCACGCGCUGUGCCGUGCACGCCGGAUCCAAGCGCCGUAUCGAGGGAGAACCACGCUCAUCAUCAGGGCAUGGUUCGAAGAAUGGGGGAUUUGGAGGAAGAAGCAGAGAUUAGCGGUGGAUCUGCAGCACAGAUAUCGAGGUCUCACAGCUUCGAGUUCAACGAAGAUCCGGCCUUCUGGAAAGAUCACAAUGUGCAGGUUAUCAUAAGAACCCGUCCACUAAGCAGCUCAGAGAUUUCAACGCAAGGGAACAACAAAUGUGUUAGGCAAGACAACGGCCAGGCAAUCACUUGGAUUGGGAAUCCCGAAGCUCGUUUCACUUUUGAUCUUGUCGCUGACGAGAAUGUUACGCAGGAGAUGAUGUUUAAAGUUGCUGGCGUACCUAUGGUGGAGAAUGUUGUGGCUGGCUACAACAGCUGCAUGUUUGCUUAUGGCCAGACGGGAAGUGGCAAAACUCACACUAUGCUUGGAGAUAUUGAGGGAGGAACACGUAGACACAGUGUCAACUGCGGGAUGACUCCUAGAGUUUUUGAGUUUUUGUUCUCUAGGAUCCAAAAGGAAAAAGAGGUCCGCAAUGAGGAGAAGCUUCAGUUCACUUGUAGAUGCUCAUUUCUGGAGAUCUACAACGAGCAAAUUCUUGAUUUGUUAGAUCCUUCUUCUACUAAUUUACAGCUUAGGGAAGACCACAAGAAAGGUAUUCAUGUUGAGAAUCUUAAGGAGAUUGAAGUUUCAAGUGCCAGAGAUGUGAUUCAACAACUAAUGGAGGGUGCUGCAAACAGGAAAGUAGCUGCAACCAAUAUGAAUCGUGCAAGUAGUCGAUCUCACAGUGUUUUUACUUGCAUCAUUGAAAGCAAGUGGGUAUCUCAAGGUGUUACUCAUCAUCGGUUUGCACGGCUUAAUCUUGUUGAUUUAGCUGGAUCUGAAAGGCAAAAGAGUUCAGGAGCUGAAGGUGAACGCCUCAAAGAAGCAACCAACAUCAACAAGUCUCUUUCAACAUUAGGGCUUGUGAUCAUGAAUCUUGUUAGUGUUUCCAAUGGAAAAUCAGUGCAUGUUCCUUAUAGAGAUUCAAAGCUUACAUUUCUGCUCCAGGUAAAUUAUUUCCUUAAUGUUGAUGUCUGCAUUUACAGUUCUGUAAUCUCUUGGCUGUCAUUCUUACAUACCUACCUGCAGGAUUCUCUUGGAGGGAAUUCAAAGACGAUAAUAAUUGCUAACAUAAGCCCAUCUAGCAGUUGCUCGUUGGAGACCCUAAGUACCUUGAAGUUUGCCCAGCGUGCAAAGCUUAUUAAGAACAAUGCAAUUGUCAAUGAAGAUGCAUCUGGAGAUGUUAUUGCAAUGCGUCUACAAAUCCAACAGCUAAAGAAAGAAGUAUCCCGCUUAAGAGGUAUCGUUAACGCUGGAGUAGACAAUCAGGACAUUGACACUGCCUCAAUGAGUUGCCCUGCUUCUCCAAUGUCUCUUAAGUGGGAUGGAUUCAAUGGAUCAUUCACUCCUCUGACAACUCACAAAAGGACGUCUAAGCCAAAAGACUACGAAGUUGCACUAGUUGGUGCUCUCAGGAGAGAGAGGGAAAAGGACGCUGCAUUACAGGCUUUGACUGCUGAAAAUGAGGCCUCAAUGAAGUUGGAAAAGAAAAGAGAGGAUGAAAUACGCGGGCUGAAAAUGAUGUUAAAGCUCAGAGAUUCAGCAAUCAAGAGUUUACAAGGGGUAGCUUCAGGAAAGAUCUCUGUUGAAGCACAUCUGCAAAAAGAAAAGGCUGACCUUUUGAAGGAAAUAGAGGUGCUACGUGCUCAGGUUGAUAGAAAUCAGGAAGUUACCAAAUUUGCCACGGAGAACUUGCGGUUGAAAGAAGAGAUCCGAAGAUUGAAAUCACAAUGUGAGGAAGGUGAACGGGAUAUCUUGAAUCAACAAAUUCAAGUGUUACAAGCUAAGCUGCUAGAAGCCCUUGAUUGGAAACUCAUGCACGAAUCAGAUUGCUCCACGGUGAAAGAAGACGGUAACAUCAGCAACAUGUUCUACUCGAACCAGAAUCAGGAGUCAAAGAAACUUUCAUCAAUCCAAGAUGAGAAUGAAUUCCUCCGGAUGCAGGCUAUUCAAAAUCGAGCAGAAAUGGAAUCUCUUCAGAAAUCAUUAAGUUUUUCCAUCGACGAGAAAGAGAGAUUGGAAAGGCUUGUGGAAAAUUUGGCUAAGCAGCUUGAGGGAAUAAAAUCCUCAGGCAGGGUUGGCGAUGGUGAUCAGAUUGAGGUUGAAACAAUGGUUCAAGCCAUUGCAUGUGCUAGUCAAAGAGAAGCUGUAGCUCACGAGACAGCAGUCAAGUUGUCGAAAGAAAAUGAGGAACUGUGCCAGAAGAUUAAGGUCCUGAUUGAGGACAACAACAAACUUAUAGAGCUGUAUGAACAAGUAGCCGCAGAAAACAGCUCCAGGGCUUUGGGGAAUACCGAGACACAUUCAUCAAGUAAUAAUGCUGAAGCUCAGAAGAACAACAGUUGUGAUAUUACUCUGGAGGUUGAGAAAAGUGCAGAAGAGGAACUAAAGAAGAUGAUUGGAAAUCUGGAGAAUCAGCUUAGCGAGAUGCACGAGGAGAAUGAGAAGCUAAUGAGUCUGUAUGAAAAAGCCAUGAAGGAAAAAGAUGAAUUCAAAAGACUGCUCGCUGCUCCUGCCCAAGAGAAGCUUAUUGAAGCUGAUGCCAGUGACACUGAAAUGGAGUUGUGUAAUAUUACUCCUUCUGACAGGUCCACAGGAGAUUUAAACUCAGCGAGGCUGAAACUCGAAUUGGCGGAGGAAAAACUUUCAGUCUCUGCCAAAACCAUUGGAGUGUUCUCUUCGCUUGAAGAGAUUAUUUUGGAUAUAAUCAAGCUGUCAAAGCAAAGCAAAGAGGCCGAAGACAAAGUUAAGAAGCAUCAGAAGGAGUUAGGAUUAAUUGAAGCUGUCUCUGAUCAAACUAAAGCAAGAAAAGAAGUUGCAGAGAGAAAGCUGGCUGCUCUCAGAUGCUCGCUAUCAAAUUUUGUAUCAUCGUCAGCUUACUUUCAACAGCGAGAAGAACGGGCAAGGGCGCGUGUGAAGGCAUCUUCAGAUAAUCUAAACCAGAAAAAUGAAGAGCUCAACGUUCUCCAAUCUUAUAAAAGAGAAAUCGACGCGGCAAUGGGUAAGAUCCAACAAUCCGAGGCAGAGCUGAAGAGUAACAUUGUAAUGCUGAAGAUAAAAGUGGAUGAAGAGAACAGGAGACACGAGGAAGAGAAGGUACUCUGUGCGAUUGAUAACAUUGAGAAGAUCAACACUCCUCAGAGAAACACUCUGCUUACAGGGAAAGCCACAGAUCUGCUGAAAUCCGAGGAAGAGAAAACAAAGCUCCAAUCAGAGAUGAAGCUUUCUCGGGAGAAGCUUGCUUCGGUAAGAAAAGAAAUUGAAGACAUGAACAGAAAGUCUUUGAAGCUGGAGAAAGAGAUCAAAACAGUAGAGAAAGAGAUAGAGAAGAGAUCAACGACAAGAUCGGAAUCAGAGAGGGAAUUGGAACAUACGAUCCAGGAGAAGCAGUGUCUUGAAGAGAUGGAAGAAGUAGGGAUGUGUGAAAUACAAAACAUGAUAAUGGAGAUUCACCAGCUUGUCUUUGAGUCAGAUCUGAGAAAAGAAGAGGUGAAGACUGUAAGAGAAGAGCUAGAUGCAGAGGAGCAUAGAGCGAAAGAGGUCCACAAGGCCACAAUGGUGGCAGUCGAAGAUGCGUUGAAGAAGAAGAAGAGCGGAGGAGAAUAUUUGUUAUCAGGCAAGGUUGAAGAAGAAGUAGGCAGUGUUUCGUGUUUGGUUCACGAUGCCGCCAAGUUGCUUGAAGAUUCUCAUUAAUAAGGAGUCGCACUUGACUCGCAAGUAUGGGAUUCUUAGUUCCUUUUUUUUUCUUCUAUCAUCAGCUCUAUAAAACUAUUUUAUUUUUGUAAUCGAGGAAGUAUAUCACUUCCUUUUCUUGGAAACUCCAGGUCGUCUACUUGACACUUAAGUCUUAUCAGAACAAGUGAAGGAGCUCUCCAACUUGUUAAGAACA